CAAAAUAUCCUCUCUUACACGUACAGAUUUUUAGUCUUCAUACUUAAGACAUACUUCACUAAGAGAGAAUGGCUAGUGACAGGAUCUAUGCUGCUUUACCUGACCCGCCUGGUCAAAGCGAAGGAGAAGGCAAAGAAGAAGAAAAGAAGGCUUUUGGGAAUAUUUUUGCAGAGUUGGAAUCUGUGGACUUACCUCUUGGAACCACCUUAAGGUCUAUUUAUGAUGACCAACCCAAUGCCCACAAGCGCUUCAUGGAAAAGCUUGAUGCCAGGAUAAGGAAUCAUGACCGUGAGAUUGAAAAGAUGUGCAAUUUUCACCACCAAGGGUUUGUGGAUGCCAUCACAGAGCUCCUCAAAGUCCGUGCAGAUGCAGAAAAAUUGAUGGGCCAAGUGACAGACACUAAUCGAAGACUACAAGAUGCAGGCAGGGAGGUGACAGCUCAGACAGAGGAGGUGAUUCGCUGUCGGGUCCAGCAGAGGAACAUGGCGACCACUGUGGAGAAACUCCAGCUCUGUAUACCAGUGCUAGAAAUGUACAGCAAGUUAAAGGAGCAGCUGGAAUCCAAAAGAUAUUAUGCUGCACUAAAAACCAUGGAGCAGUUGGAGAAGGUCUAUAUCCCAAGGGUCAGUCAGUACAGGUUCUGUCAGAUCAUGGCUGAAAAUCUGCCCAGACUGAGGGAGGAGAUCAAAGACAUCUCCAUGUCAGACCUCAAAGACUUCCUGGAGAGCAUUCGGAAGCAUUCAGACAAGGUUGGAGAGACUGCCAUGAGACAGGCACAGCAGCAUAGGACCUUUAAUAGUGCAGUAGCCAAGCAGGCCAGUAUGGGCCACUACAUCAAGCCCGUGUACUCUCUCAAUGAGCGAACACAUGCUCACACUCCCAACGGCCUGCUGAUGGAUGAUGACACUGGAGAUGAUGAGGCUGAUGAAGAGAUUCUUACAGCUCAGGAUCUGGUGGACUUCUCGCCCGUCUACAGGUGUCUACACAUCUAUACUGUGUUGGGUGACCGAGAAACAUUUGAGAACUACUACAGGAAACAGAGGAAAAAACAGGCCCGGCUAGUUCUGCAGCCUCAGGCUAACAUGCAUGAGACAGUGGAAGGCUACAGAAGAUACUUCAAUCAGAUUGUAGGGUUCUUUGUUGUGGAGGACCAUAUCCUCCAUGCCACUCAAGGGCUGGUGACCAGAGCUUUUACUGAUGAACUGUGGAACAUGGCGCUGUCCAAGAUCAUCGCUGUUCUCCGGACACACUCUUCAUACUGUGAUGUCCCAGACUUGGUGCUGGAGCUGAAGAAUCUAAUAGUCAUCUUUGCUGACACACUACAGGGUUACGGCUUCCCGGUAAACCGUUUGUUUGACCUGCUGUUUGAGGUUAGAGACCAGUACAACGAAACCCUGCUGAAGAAAUGGGCACUGGUUUUCAGAGAGAUCUUUGAACUGGACAACUACAGUCCCAUCCCAGUGGAAACAGAGGACGAAUAUAAACUGGUUGUCAGCCGCUUUCCCUUCCACGAUGCUGAGAUAGAGAAGCAGGACUUUCCUAAGAAGCUGCCAAUGUCCCAGUCUGUCCCUCAGAUCUACACCCAGGUCAAAGAGUUCAUUUACGCCAGCCUCAAGUUCUCAGAGUCACUACACCGCAGUUCAACAGAGAUUGAUGAUAUGUUGCGAAAAUCUACCAACCUGUUGCUGACAAGAACUCUCAGCAGUUGUCUGCAAAACCUUAUCAAGAAACCUCACAUAGGACUGACUGAGCUUGUGCAGAUCAUCAUUAAUACCACCCACCUGGAGCAGGCCUGCAGGUAUCUGGAGGAAUUCAUAACAAACAUCACCAACGUCUCCCCAGAAACAGUUCACACCACAAGACUCUACGGAUUGUCGACCUUCAAGGAUGCUCGUCAUGCUGCAGAGGGAGAGAUUUAUACCAAACUGAACCAGAAGAUUGAUGAGUUCAUCCAGCUAGCAGACUACGAAUGGGGCAUGGCCGAGUCAGACGGCCGUGCCUCAGGGUAUCUCAUGGACCUGAUCAACUUCCUACGAUCUACUUUCCAGGUGUUCACACACCUCCCGAAUAACAACAAUGAUCAUGCAUCAAUGUCGGGAAAAGUGGCCCAGACAGCUUGUAUGUCAGCCUGCAAGCAUCUGUCCACAUCACUGAUGCAGAUGCUGCUGGACACGGAACUCAAACAGAUCAGUAUGGGGGCCAUUCAGCAGUUCAACUUAGAUGUUAUUCAGUGUGAAUUGUUUGCCAGCUCAGAACCAGUGCCUGGGUUUCAAGGAGACACUCUUCAGCUGGCCUUCAUCGAUCUACGACAGCUCCUGGACCUCUUCAUGGUGUGGGACUGGUCAACUUACUUGGCAGACUAUGGCCAGCCAACAUCCAAAUACCUGAGAGUAAAUCCAGCCACUGCCCUGGCUCUGCUGGAGAAAGUCUACAGGGGGAUGAAGGACACCAGUAAGAAGAACAACAUCUUCUCCCAGUUCAGGAAGAAUGACAGAGACAAACAGAAGCUGAUAGAGACUGUAGUCAAACAGCUGAGGAGUCUGGUCAAUGGCAUGUCCUCUUAAACACACACACACACACACACACACACACACACACACACACACACACACACAGGCAGGAGUGAUGUGUGUGAAACGAGACAAAAAGAUGUAAACAUGAAUGGAGUCACAUGCACGCGUUGAACUGCCAACUGAAGGACUUUUUCACAUAUGUAAAAACAACACACCAAAUGGCAAAGACACACUCGUGAACCACACGGGGACUUCUAGGGACAGAUACACAGCUUACAUGUACACACAAGUCACACACACACUUUACAUGAAGGCAAAGCAAUAGACAAACUGUACAGAGUGGGCAGGAAAUCGACUCUGCAAACACAUAAAGUCUCCUUAGCUGACUGAAUACUCAACAUAUAAACGGCAUACAGCAGUUUACUGAGCUCUACACAGGAGCAAGCAGUAAAAUGUUUGUAAAGUAUUUUUAAUGCCACGAUGAGACGAGACAAACUAUGUUUUGUACUUUUGUGAGAGUGCAAUGGUUGCUGCAGAGCGAGAACGCUACAGCACAGGAAAUGACAGGCACAACUAUUGGGACGAUGAGGCAAAAGGUCAGUAACACCAGUGAAUGGCACCGAUCACUACCUGAUGCUUUGUCAGACACAUUUAUAAACCGAAGCCAUGUGCAGUAAGUUUAUCUGCUGGUUAACCUAGUCAGUAAAAACCAGCUGUUGUCUGGAGGAGUGUGGUCGUUAACGAGUAAAUAUUUCAGCCCAUACUAAC